ACUUUUUCUGUAUAUUUGUUUUUUCCAUGUACAUCUGCAUCCCACUCACAGCCAUCUUCUUUGUCCAUGGGCUGCACACCAAAUCUGUAACACGGAGAGCACUUUCUCUCUGUAAAAGUGUGGGAAACAACAAGAAGGUAAGGAGAAACAAAAUACAGGCAGAGAAUAAUCAAGAAGAGGGCUACCCGCAACACAGAGAGAGGAGGAGAAGCGUUUUUGUAACUGAGUUCUCUUGAAGAUGGUCACGUUCCUUGUUCUGAAGAAAGAUAAAAAAAUGAUAUGCACCACCAGGUGCAUAGAUCCGCCGAUCCAACUGCCUCAGGAAUUGAGCUUGACAUGUGAAAUUUCAAAACAGAAGAUACGCAGUCUUUCUGAACUUCCCCAAUUUUUACUAACCCCGGUCCCAAAUAAUUUACAAGAGAAGUCUGAGUGGGGGAACUUUUUGAAUUACCUAUGUAAAAAUGACAAGGUUGCUCUUAUAAACUUUGAGCAGCAUCAGUUUUACAUUCUACCUCCUGCAUUAGUUUCAACAUCAAGUGCAGUCAAUGUUGCAUAUAAUAUAGAUUGUACAAGUUCUGUACCUACUCAUCCAAGGGAUAGUGAAUCAGCAGGUUCGCAAUUAGAGGAAUGUGGUGAACCAAAUACAGCUGAAGGUCUUAAGUUUUCUCAAGCUGAAGAAACUUGCAACGAAUUUCAAUCCAAAGGCCCUCUAAGAAAUUUCAUACGAGCAGACCCAAGUUACCUUAAAACUCUUGGCCAGGCUCAUUCUGGAUGGAUUUUUGGUGGAAUAGCUGAGCUUGUUGAUAAUUCCAAGGAUGCCAAGGCAACUAAAAUGGACAUUUUUGUAGAUAUCAUCCAGUUGAAGAAAUCACGGAAGGAUGUUCCGAUGCUGUGUCUUAUUGAUGAUGGUCAAGGGAUGAACCAUGAUGAGGUUAUGAAAAUGGUAUCUUUUGGACAUAAGCAAUCUGAUAAAGUUGACACGGACCACAUUGGCAAAUUUGGUGUUGGAUUCAAAACAGGAGCAAUGAGGCUUGGGAGAGAUGUUCUGGUUCUAACACAAACAACUACUUCUAGAUCUCUAGCUUUUCUUUCACAAUCAUUGAAUGAAGGCAAAGAUAAUAUUGAAAUUCCCAUUGUCAGCUAUUGUCGACAAGGACAACGUAUGGAGGUUGACCUAAGUAUGCAGUCUGAAGCUUUGGCAAAAUACAAUUUGAAAGCUAUUAAGGAUUUUUCACCAUUUAACAAGUAUCUUAUUGGUGAAAAGGCAGCCUUGUUUGGUACCGGUACAGGAACACAAAUAUACAUAUGGAACUUGGAUGAAUGGGGAUCAAAGUAUUGUUUAGAAUGGCAUGAUGGACUGAAAGGUGGGAGUUCUUUUCACCAAGGUGACAUUCUUAUCCGAAGCAAGAGGAUUCGUUCUCGUCCUGGCCAUAUUAGUCAAAAGGUACCAUUGGAUUACUCACUUCGAGCUUAUUUAGAAAUUAUAUUUUUAGUUCCUCGAAUGAAGAUAAGUGUACAAAGAUCAUUGGUUAAAAGUCGACCAUUAUCAAAAUUCCUUACUCAAACUGUUAUUGAAACUGGUGAAAUCUUGAGAAGGCCAGUUGAAUUAAUUAUUGGAUUUAAUCAAUUAGAGUGGGAGCGGGCAAACUGUGGAAUGUUUUUGUAUUGGCAUGGUCGCUUGAUUGAGGCUUACAAAAGAGUUGGUGGAAUGAUUCAUAGUGCAGAUGUUGGCCGGGGUGUAAUUGGUGUUGUUGAUGUGACCAAUUUAAUGGAUGACGAGGAUGGUCGGGUGUGGGUACAUAAUAACAAGCAGGGAUUCCAAGACUCAGAACAUUAUGCAUGUCUUGAGCAGUGGCUGGGUAGAAAAGCAGAUGAAUAUUGGGACAAAAAUUUUGACGCCCUUGAGUUGAACAUAGAUAAUUGUGUCUUCAAACCUGAUCAUGAGUGGGUUCAAUGUGACAAGUGCAGAAAGUGGAGAAUAUUACCUACAGAUUUUGAUAGCAGAAAUUUGCCUUUACAAUGGUUUUGUUUUAUGGAGCCUUUCAAAGGUCAAUGUUCAGAUUCUGAACAGAAGAUGGCGCUGGGCAUAGUUAAUGUUUCCACAAAGAGGUCGGGUUAUGAUUGCUUGUUGAAGGAUUCCAACGACAAAAAGGUGGAAGGUGAUAGGAAAACCUCUGGCACAGAUGAGAAAUUAAUCCAUUAUGAGGAUGUCAAAUUUCCAGCAUUAAAGCGGUUGAGAAAGGGGCCAAGAAAACGAAACCAUAGAAGUACUCCCGAUGUUGUAAGCUUCAAUUUGGACCGAACAGAUCCAGAUUCUGAAACUGAUUUGAUUGGAAGAGUUAAGUGACCGUUGAGGGUAGAAAACGUUAGUUGGGCGAGCCACAAAUCUUGUGUUUAGGACAAUUUGCUCACAAAUCCAGAAGGUGAGGCAUUGCUAGAAGACGUUAUUGAAGAAGAAAACCUGGUAAAAGUGGAGGUCAAAGCCGAGCCCUAGAGUGUUCGUUUAUUUUAGAUAUUAGUUGGUUAGUUUUUGAACGUUCGGUUAUUUGGUUUUGUAAAAGGUUUAAUAGGUUCGGAGGUCCCUAUAUUUGUGGGUUCGUUUCAAUUGAGUCCUCCAAUUUUGAAAGUGAUCAAUUUGGUCCCUAAUUUAACAAAAUUGAGUCAAUAAUACCCUUUCCGUUAAAUGCAAUGGACAUCAUUAACUUUUUAAACAUGUGGUAUGUUGAAGCAUCCUUCAAAUAAAACUGUGCCACCUGCAAAUAAAAGGAUGCCUCAACAUGCCACAUGUUUAAAAAGUUAACAUCGUCCAUUAUAUUUAACGGAAAGGGUAUUAUUGACUCAAUUUUGUUAAAUUAGGGACCAAAUUGAUCACUUUCAAAAUUGGAGGACCCAAUUGAAACGAACCCACAAAUAUAAGGACCUCCGAACCUAUUAAACCUUUUGUAAAACCGUUCGUCCUUGACUCUUAUUAUUUAUGUAGUAUUGUUUUUAGUUUUGUAUUUUAAGUCGUUCGGCUUGUGAACUCUAAUUUUAGUGUAAGACUGCAUUGUUUUACUGUUAAAUGUAAUUAAUUCUAUUAUAUGGUGA